ACAUUGACUUGAGUUGACGUUAUUCUACAAAUCACUGAUUACGAUUAACUAAAAACAAUAUACGUAUCUAGUCUGUGUAAUUGACUUGUCUUGAAAGUUCGAACUCGUUCUUAUUACGACCAAAAAGCAAUAUGAAUUGUAUGAAAUAGUUUCUUACUUACUUUCUGCAAUAAACUAAUUGGAUUGGUUGUAAUUAUAACCACAAAUCUUAUUCAUAUGAGUAAAUCAAUAAAUUUUUGACAACACACAAUGGAUCCGUUUAUUAUUGCAGCAAUUAUUAGUGCUGUAGUUAUUAUAAUCCUGUCAAUUGCCUUUUUACGAGUGUCACAAGUAAACACAAAACCUGCUACGAGACCGAGAGCAGUAGCCCAAAGAGAUGGUGGUCCUGGCAGAGUUCAGGCCGUCAGAAACCAACGUGCCAGAAUGAGAGCAAAUGCUGCCAGACAUGCUGCACCUCUUGAAGAGGAUGCCAAUAUUGCUGAUGAUAUGGAUGAAGAAGGCAUACCAGAGAGCCCAGCUGUUGAAUUUGAUGAUAAAAUGGGUGCAAAGAAACGUGCCAAAAUGGAAGCUAAACUGGAAAAGAAAAAGGCAAGAGAAGCUGAAGAGAAGAUGAGAGAAAUGAAAAAGAAGAAAGACCAGGAGCUAGAAGAAGAACGCAAGAAGUUGGAAGAAAAGAAAGAGGAAGAAGAACGCAAAGCAGAAGAAGCUGAAAGGAAAGCUGAAGAAGAGAGAAAGAAGAAGGAACAAGAAGAAUAUGAAGCUAUGAAAGCUGCAUUUAGUAUUGAAGGUGAGGGAUAUGACGAAAAUGAUGAGGAAGAUGCAGCUAAUCGUCUUAGAGACUUUAUUGAAUAUAUCAAGGCUCAAAAGGUUGUUUUACUGGAAGAUUUAGCAGCACACUUCAAACUCAAAACGCAAGCUACCAUCGAUAGAAUUACUGAUAUGCAAGCAUCAGGUGAAUUAACGGGCGUUAUUGACGACAGAGGAAAGUUCAUUUAUAUUGCCCAAGCCGAACUAGAAGCUGUGGCAAAAUUUAUUAAGCAAAGAGGGCGUGUAUCUAUUUCAGAGCUGGCAGAUUGUAGUAAUCAAUUGAUAAAUCUUAAUCCUGUCCCUGUUGUAACAUAAAAUUUGUUAAAUUAUUUGCAUUAUUUACUCUUAACACAUAUUAAUAUAUUUAUAUGAAAGUUUUUACAAAUGUUAUAAAAUGUAUUAUAUACAGAUAUAAUAAAUAAUAAUAAAGUUAGAAUACAUAUUCAAAAUUAUUUCAGGAUAAUUAAGAAUAAUAAGAAACACUCACUUUGUUACCCAACAUAAGAUAUUUAUACAAAAAAAAAA